AUGCCCACCACCCCCGACUACGGCCACCGCCUCAUCAUCCCCCUCAUCGAGCAGAAAGCCCACACCAACCCCACCGGCAUCUACUGCACGCUCCCCGCAACCCUCUCGCCCUCCUCCCCCCAGCCAACCGUCCUCACCUGGCGCACCCUCGCCCACAGCAUCGACAAAACCGCCUGGUGGCUCGACCGCACGCUCGGCGCGCCCCCGCGCGGCACCCACCCCACGCUCGCCUUCAUCGGGCUCAACGGGCCGCUCUACUACAUCGUCCUGCUGGCCUGCGCCAAAGUCGGGUACAAGCUGCUGCUCCCAUCGACGCGCAACAGCAUCGACGCGCAGCUGCACCUGCUGGACGCGACGGGGUGCGAUGUCCUGUUGCGGGGCCCGCGGAGCAAUCUCGUGCAAGGGAUUCUGGAUGCGAGGGGGACGGUGCGGUGCGUGACGGUGCCGGUGGAGGGGUUGCUGGGAGGGGAGGAGGAGGGGGGUGAGGAGGUGGAGCGGUAUCCGUACGAGAGGACGUGGGAGGAGGGGAGGGACGAGCCGCUGGUGGUGUUGCAUUCGAGUGGGUCGACGGGGCCGCCGAAGCCGAUUGUGGUGACGAAUCGGAGUAUGGCGUCGUUGGAUGCGCAUCAUUUGGUGGAAGAUCCGGCGGAGGGGGUGAGGGAUGUGUUGAGGGCGAGUGAGGGGUCGACGGUGUUUAAUCCGAUGCCGUGUUUUCAUGCUGCGGGGUUGAUGUGGAAUCUGUUUGCGGCGGUGUAUUUUGAUAUACACGUCGUGUAUGCGCCGAUGGGGGAGCCGCUGAACGCGGGGUUGGUCGAGAAGGCGCUGGAUAGUGAUCAGUUGCGGUUUGACUGGAUGUUCUUGCCGCCGUCCGUCAUUGAGGACGUGGCGCUGGAGCAGAGGAUGCUGCCGAAGCUGGAGAAGCUGCGGUUUGUCUGCUUUUCUGGAGGGCCUCUCUCGCAAGAUCUGGGCGAUGUCAUCAGCAAACACACGCCGGUUGUCAAUCUGCUGGGCACGACGGAGAACGCGCUGCCGCCGUACAACUUCGUGCCGCUGAAGGAGUGGAACUGGAUCCUGGUACCGCCGCAGAUGAAAGGCAUCGAGAUGCGGGCGCGGGAGGAGGACGACUUCGCCGAGUUGGUCAUCGUGCGCGACGCAGACACGGACGCUUUCCACUCGACCUUCAGCACCUUUCCGAACGACAACGAGUACCACACCAAAGACCUGUUCGCGCACCACCCGACCGAGCCCAACAUGUGGCAGCACCGGGCACGGUCCGACGACGUGCUCGUGUUGUCCAACGGCGAGAAGGUGGUGCCCAUCCCCAUGGAAGGCCAGCUCGCCCAGUGCCCCAGCGUGUCGGGCGUCGUGGUGCUGGGCCACGGCCGCUUCGAGACGGCGGCCCUGGUCGAGCUGUCGGACAAGGCCCAGCAGGAGAAUACGCCAGGUGAGAACCUCGCCGCCAUCACCACCUUCAUCGACAAGGCCAACAAGGCGGCCCCCGCCCACGCCCGCCUGUCGCGCGACCGCGUGCUCUUCACCUCGCCCGACAAGCCCAUGACGCGCGCCGGCAAGGGCACCAUCAUCCGCAAAGCCACCCUCGCCGCCUACGCCCGCGAAAUCGACGACCUGUACGCGGGUCGCUCCAGCAUCGCCCUGUCGUCAGCCCUGCCGCUGCACGUCGACGACCCAAGUACCGCCUCGACCGAAGCCGCGCUCCAGGACCUCUUUGCCAACCUCACCGACCGCCAGCUGGGCCCCGACGACGACUUCUUCAGCGCCGGCAUCGACUCGCUGCAGGUGCUCAACGUCGUACGCAGCCUCAAGUCGCAGCUGGCCGCCGAACAGGCCCCCGUCUCGCCCGACUUGGUAUCACUGUCCCUCGUCUACGCCAACCCCUCGUGCCGCAAGCUCGCCGCCGCCCUGCACGCCGCAGCCAGCGACGACGGCACCGCCGGUCUGCGCAACGCCGAGGAGCGCGCCAAAGCCAUGAAAGAACUCUACCUCCGCUACGCCCACGACCUGCCGCACCGCCCCCGCCCCUCCGACGCCGACGCCCCCCGCUCCGACUCCCUCACCCCCUUCAACAACAACAACGGCUCCUCCUCCUCCUCCGCCAUCUCCGUCGUCCUCACCGGCAGCACCGGCUCUCUCGGCUCCUACAUCCUCGGCGCCCUCCUCCUCUCCCCAAAAAUCUCCCACAUCUACUGCCUCAACCGCGGCGACCCGACCUCCACCGCCAAAAAACAACACGCCCUCCACCUCUCCCGCGGCCUCCCCACCACCGACCUCGACACCCGCGUCACCCACCUCCAAUCUGACCCCAACCUCCCGCGCCACGGCCUCACCCCCACCGCCUACGCCGACCUCGUCGCCCACACCCGCUACAUCAUCCACAACGCCUGGGCCGUCGACUUCAACAUCACCAUCGACACAACCCGCAACUGGCCCAGCGUCAACCCCGGCACCCCCCUCGUCCCUGAACGCCCCAUCCACGACGUCGCGGUCCCCAGCGCCGGCGGCUACGGCGAGAGCAAGUACGUCGGCGAAAGGCUGCUGGAGGCCGCGGCGGGCGUCAGCGGCGUGCCCGUCGCCGUGUGUCGGACGGGGCAGAUAGCGGGGCCGGUGGGGCGCGGGCGCGGAGGAGGAGGAGGAGGAGGGAAGUGGAACGAGCGCGAGUGGUUCCCGUCGCUGGUGCGGUCGUCGAAACAUCUGGGGGCGCUGCCUGGGGGGCUGGGCAGCAUGGAUGGCGCGGAUUGGGUGCCGGUGGAUGUGGUGGCGGGGGUGGUGGUGGAUUUGGUGGGGGAGAAUUUGGGGAGGUUGGGUGGGGGUGCGGGGAAGGAAGGGGGUGGGGAGGCGUUUGUGCAGUUUGAUCAUUUGGUUAAUCCGAGGGUGAGUUCGUAUCCGGAGGUUGUUUUGCCGGCCUUGAGGAGGAGGUUGGGGGAGGGGGAGGGGGAGUUGUUUCCGGCGGUCGAGUAUGCGGAGUGGUUGAGGAGGUUGGAGGACGAGGCGGCGAAGCCGGAUGCCGAUCCGAACAAGUGUCCGGGGAUCAAGCUGUUGGAUUUCUUCGAGGGCAUGGGCGAGGAGGUGAAGGCCAAGGAAAAGGGGCCGUUUGCUGGACUGAGGUUGGAUACGAAGGAGACGGUGAAGAGGAGCGAAACGUUGAGGAACUUGAAGCCGGUGGGAGCGGACUGGGUGGACAUCUGGUGCGAGGGAUGGGGGCUGUAG